AUGAAAGAAAGAAGAUCUGGCCUAAAUCCGUCAGGAUCCUCCGUGUAUCCAUUGCACCCUCCUGACAGUCGCGUUCUCGUUCGAGUCCCCUCCGAUAUUUCCUUUCUUGAUCGUCUCAUCGUCGCUGGCAGCAGUAUCUUUAUUGUCGGUUCGCUAGUAUGGGUUCCAUUGACCGCAAGAUGGGUCUACAGGCGGUGGAAGCAAGCUAAAGAUAAACGAAAGCGGGCUUUGUAUGCCUCUCUACUCGUGAUUCUGGCAGUUCUCGUUAUUGGCGGACCCCACCGAUCUCCUCGUGUCGGCAAAUGGCUCCAAGUACGAAAGUGGUCCCUCUUCCAAGCGUGGGUAAAGUUUAUUGCUAUGGAAGUGAUUUUGGAUCAACCGAAAGGCAUUACUAUGGACGUCCAACAAGACAAGGCGAUUUUUGCAUUCGCGCCACAUGGAAUCUUUCCGUUUGCGUUCGCCUUUGGAGUGCUUCCCGAUAUUGCCACACAAUCGUUUGGCUACGUUCGUCCGGUCGUGGCAACCGCCACAAGGUUGUUUCCUGUAGUCCGGGAUUUCAUCUCUUGGGCGAAUCCGGUAGACGCUUCCAAAGAUUCCGUUGAACGUGCUUUAGCAUUGGGCGAUCGCAUUGCUGUAAUACCUGGAGGAAUUGCAGAAAUUUUCGAAGGAUAUCCGAAACCGAACACGCAUCCGGAUGAAGAGUACGCUAUCGUACGGAGUGGAUUUUUGCGUUUGGCAAUAAAACACGGUAUCCCAGUGAUUCCCGUAUACUGUUUCGGCGCUACCAAAAUGUUGAAGCGUCUGGAGCUUCCUGGCCUGGAGCAACUGUCCCUGUUUCUACGCGUGAGCAUUUGCCUCUUUUUUGGAGUCGGCGGGUUGCCCAUCCCUUUCCGACAACGAUUGUCGUACGUAAUGGGACAACCAAUUUUGCCACCCGUAAGGACAACGGGCAGCGAUAUUUCGGACGCACACGUCAAAGAAAUGCAAGAUCGCUUUUGUGCUGAGGUCCAGCGGCUCUUUGAUCGACAUAAGGAAGCUUAUGGUUGGUCCCACAAAACGCUGAAACUAUUGGAACAGUGACGUCGUGUUGCCCAAGAAGUGUGGAUAUGCCUAACGAAGUAGCAUGUGGCAUCUCUAUUGCUAG